AGUGUGCGCUGUCAUGUCAGCUGAGUGAUUAUUGAGUUGAGCAAUGGUGGUGUUUUUACAUUUUCGAGAGCUAAAAUUAUAAACAGCCCAUCGAACUGGUGUAAUUUCCCUGUAGUGUUUGUUCAUUAUUUAAGUGAUGAAUAGAAAUACGUGUUUAUGCAUUUUAUUUUAACCCUUGACAAUGCUAUAAGGAGUAAAUGCGAGGAUUCCGGACUGCGGUCCAUGGAUACACAAGAUUAAUGCAAAUGGUAGUUACACUACGGUGUAUUAUAUUUUAGUUGUGGAGAUUAAAAACAUACUGCCACCAUGCUGUAUGUUUUCCAUGUCGAUGCUGGUCAGAUGACCACGUACGACAUGGGCCUAACGUUGCAAAAUGUGUCUUCACUUAAGCUGGCCAUUGAGCGAAAGACCAAAGUCCCUGCAAACUCAUUGGUGCUUCUAGUGAGUGGAGGAGAGGUUCUUCAAUCAGACCAUAUGGUGUCCUCAUACAGCGCUGGCACAGACACAAAUCCCAUAUACAUGUUCAGCAAACCAUCAGUGAAGGAGAGCCAGCUGAACCAGUCCAUGUGCGAUUUAAGCCCAAUAGUGGAGUUAAGUACUGGAGAGUUCUCGAUCGAGAGCCGCAGUGCGUUCGAUGGUAAAUCCGUGGCAGAGUUGAAGGCUGCUGUAGAGAAGUGUUGUUCGCUACAGCCAAGUGUAUACACUGUGAUAUCAUGCGCGUCUUUAGCGCAGCAGUUCAGUGACCUCGCACUCGAAGUGUCCAGUAGCUGCGAUCAGCUGGUUCAUGAACAGCAUCUUCAACACCAGGGCUGGGCGGCCGUGGUUGCGAACUUAGAGGAUAUAUUCAACGAAUUCUGCGAAAGGUCGAGAAAUUUUAAAGAAUCAUUUAGAAAACAUCGACUAAAAAAGGAGGAAUAUCAUGAAAAGUUGACUGGGCUCAACGAAGUUUUAGAAUCUCUAGGCAAGAUCCCAAUACUGCCAGCUCUCCAAUUAAACGCCGAAGCUCACAGGUUCUCGGCUUUUGAUGUCUUCGAGGACACGGACUUCGAGGGUCCUCAUUAUAGGAUCACGCAUCCACUGGACAACAGCUCAGAAAAUAAACCUAGCGACUUUGGCGUCGAAGCGUUCAAGUUGUCCGACGAAGAUGUAUUCGAUCAGAGACAGUCGGGUUCAGGGAAUGAAGCAGCGACAUCUUCAGAGCCAGUUCCUCUCGUUGAGGAGUCUGAUGAAGCAGUCACAUUCAAGGCGCAGUCCUAUGAGAACAAGGAGGAGCCUUCUUUGCUGCACUGGAUCCUGGCGCAGGGGAACAAAGCUUCCUUACAAGAUAUCUUAGAUUACUGUCAGAAAGGACUAGCAUUGCUAGAUGCAGAUCCGCUAAAGGAGCGUGAAGCGGAGCUGUACCACAUUCUGGAAUAUGCCAAUAUGCAUGGUCUUAAGCACAUUAAGGGCAUCGAAGAAAGACUGUAUGGCUUGGACCAGCUAUUGAAUGAUGUGAAGAAAUUGGAGCGAGAUCAGCGUGACCAGGCUGCGUCACUUAUACAGUGUCGCGAGCGUUUAAACACAGCAUGCGAUCCGUCCGUCCUGCCAACACUAGUGCAGUCACAUUGGUGUCAACUAAAGAAGUUACUGAAAGGGCAUCAGACGCUCAUUGACAUUAGGCGGCGCAUCGCCAAGUCUAAGGACGAACUCUCACACAUUUUGAAGGCGAGAUUAGAGGCGGUUCUAAUGAUCGAGAACUCGAUGUCAGUGCAGGACGCGCACGCGAUGCUUUCGUUCCAGUGCUUCAACCGGCUGGCGCGGUACUUCGGUAUAGUGGCGCAGUUACACCGCGCCCCCAAUGUCUUCGUGCGUGCUGUCAGAGAAGUUGCUCGGCGUCGCACCUUCUCGCAAGCCCAUCUAAAGUGGGCAUCAGAUUUAGCGGAAAAAUUGCUCAAAAUCCACGAAGAAGAGAUAAGUAGGCGACAAGAGUUCAACGCAGUAUUUGAGGGUCAUUUCUUGCGUAGUCUCUUCCCCGGUAUGUGCGAGCUUCCACCAACAUUUGCCACACAAGCUCCGCCAAUAUUUGAUGCCAACCUGCCCAAACUUACCGAAGCAGAUGUGGAUUAUAUCACCCACGAGUUUCCAGACCUUUGCGACGAUAUCCCUAGCUACGAUAUGGAUUCUACAGUUCAAUUUUUCCAGCAGAGAAUACGUGCCUCAGAGUACGAAAGGAAAGAUAUCGACACUCAAGUAGAUAUGGAAAAAGACUUUGAUUCAGUAACGGAAGCCGGCGACUUCGAAAAACUUGGAGGCCAGAGUUCAACACAAAAACAGAAAAUUGACAUGUCUACUAUUUGUGUUCCCGAGACCAUGGCCGUGUCGACGGUAACGGAGGAUAAUAUGGAUACACAUAGGAUAAAUAUGGAAAAACUGCAAGAUUUUUUGGUUAAAGUCUAUUCUGUAUGCAAGGUGAAUAUUGUGUUCAUUGUGGAAGAGUUGACAAAGUUGAAGGAGGAAGUUAAUGAGCAGAAAAAGUUUAUGGCUAGUAAGUAUGUGGAAAUAUUGGAGGCGUGGGAGAAGAGUAACGUUGAGACUGCGAUUAGGUUCCGUGAGGAGACACAAAGACUCACAGUAGACCAUGAGCUAGAACUCAGUGAUAUGAAGGCAGCUCUAAACGCUAAAGACGAAGCUAUUUCUAAUCUCAAAACUGACACAGAGAACAUAAAAAAUCUACACCAGAAAGAACUAGAAAGACUGGAAAAGGAGCAUCAAGAGACUAAGGAUCUGCUAGAGAAGACCCGGCAAGAGAUACAGGUAUUUGAAAAGAAAUUAGAAGAAAUAGAAGCUCAGAAACAGAAGGAGAUCAAAGAGUUGCAGGAGAAGAUGCACAUGGAUUAUAAGGCUGAAAUUGAGUCUCUGCGGUCUAGGUUCCGUUUAGUAGCACUUACAAACAUGGACCGUUCACCAUCGGAAUCAAGUUUGGAGAAGAUAGAGCGUACAGAUGUCAUUGAAAUUUCCAGUCACAAUGCUAUUGUAAUGCAGACUAAGGAGAAUGCUGAAGUGGAGAAAGAAGAAGCGGUUCGAGAAGCUGUGGCUAAAGUUGAGGCAGAGUGGCGAAGCAAAAUGGAAGCUGAAGUUGCCUCCAUAACCGCUAAGUACGACUCUGAGAAACAGCUUUCGACAUCUAUGUCUACUACGGACGUGACCCGUCGGCUACUCACGGAGAAAGAGAGACAGAUAGAUGCGUUGCGAGAAAGAGAGGCCGCAUUAGUGCGGGAGUGUGGCAAGUACCGAGAUACCAUCCAACAGCUAACUGAUCCGGAGACGAAUGAUUUUGACGCUCUUCUUAAAACUCAGAUGGCUUCACUCGAGAAUGAGAAUGAAGUACUUAAACAACAGGUGAAGGAUUUGAAAAAAGAGUUGGAAAAGAAGGCGGAAGAAGAAAAAAGUAAAGACGAAGAUAGUGAGGGCCGGUCAUCGUCUCCGAAGCGCGAGGAGUUGUCCCGUCGUCGGGCCCGCAGCCACACGCCAUGCGGGCUGGCGGCGGGCACGCUGUCGCUGUCGGCCUGUCUGCCCGGACACUCCGUGCUACUGCUGUGGGACCCCGCGCAUAUGAACUACACCGUGCUGCAGGAGGCGUCAAUAAUGUACUUCGUGCACAGUGAUUGCCUGCCGGCACUAGAUCUCAGUAUCAACGUUAAGAACGAAAGUGAGCGGCGACUGUACGCGGUCGCCACUGUCGAGUCCAAGGAGUAUUGCUACGCCAAGAAGAGUGGUAACCGCUACGGCAUGCCGCGCGGGUCCCGGUUCUACCGAGUCCGCGUGCGCCCCCCGCGGGCGGGGGCGGCGCCCCCAGCCUGCUGCGACCCGCGCCACCGCCCCGAUGCAUUGAAGGGCGGCGUGCUGCCAGUGCUCGGCGACGCCCGCCCGCUCAAGAAGUGGUUGACCUACAUGCAUGCCCCAGAUACUCAGAAGUCGGUGGAUACGAGUCAGUCCACCAGCUCGGCGACGGAGGAGAGUGGUCGAGCACCUGAAGUAGCGACAGGCACGCUCAUCAACCUGGAGUCUCCAGUGUCCUGCAGCGACCCUGUCUCCGCAGCCUCUGCCCACACGCACUCUGAAGACCAGCUCGACUCCAUCGAGGCCAGUGAGCAGUGGCAGAAUACUAGGAUGCAUCUCUCCACCAUCAGCGCUGCUACGGAUAUGGAGUGCAGCGUGGGUCGGUGCGUGGGGGAACCGCUGGAGCUGACGGUGAGCGCCGUGGCCGUCCUGGCGCGCGGCGCGGCCCCGGGGGCGGCGCCCUCCGACCUGGCCGAGGAGGCCGAGCCCUGACACCCAGCGCGGCCCCCGCAUGCCACCAACACAUAGUACCACCACCACUUUCUAAACCAAUGGAGUUGACGUUACUUCAUUCCAUACUGAAAGCUGUUCUCAAAAAUUGAAUAGCAAGAAAUGGUCAAGCACAAUGACGCGAUAACGAAGUGCGUACAAGGGUCGUGCAUGGAUUCAAGCAGAUGUGGUUGCAAGUGUAGUGGUCUACGCUCCAUUGUUUAGAAUUCCGCGCGCCGCUGGGCCGUGACCCAGUGGUAACUACAAGCGCUGGAGGUAGCUCGCUAGUCGCUAGCUCGCGCGCCUGCGAGCUCUCAAAGUUUCCCUUUCUCUCCUAUAUUCUACGUGUAUUUAGAAUAUAAUGUAGAAAUUACCGUCUCCGAUUCCCUCUAUUGAAGUUUGUAUCUCAAUUAGGCAGUGAUUUCUUCUCAAUAGUACAAAUUUGUUUAGUCGUGUUGAAGCUUUACGUGAUCUUAUGUUGCGAUUGUAUUCGUAUUUUAUAUUAUUCUUAUCUCUACGAUGUGUUGUGUUAUAUUUAGUUCCUUAUACUGUUUGUUUCUUAUAGAAUCAUUUAUUUUCAUAUUGAAUACCAAACUAUGUUAGCUAUUUUAAUGUAGGAUAGUGUUAUUGGUGAUUAUCAAGUUAUAUUCUAGCACAAAAAUUAAUAUAUGUGUAUCGCUGUAUUUCGUUUCAGACUCGACGCUUUGUUCACAAAUCGACAAAGAGCAUUAUUUAUGUCUAAUAGCUAGAUACGUGUCUAUUGUGUAGAGUCACAUUCUCCUUAAGAUUCUCCUACCUUUAUAAGUACUAUCUUGAUAACUAAGUCAUAGUGAUUAUCUAGUAGGACAGUCGUUCCACUUAGGAAUUCUUCUUACAAUUUGUCGGUAGGCUUCAGCAAUGUUAAUGCUUUAAACACUCGAUCUCGCCCUUGUUUGAGCUCUGAACCCUCACCGCCCGUACUGUAGCUUAGAUCCUUAUGAUAUUAUAGUUUCGCUAGAGUGAGCAUCACUCGAGCUGGCUCGACCCGUUCGCCUACUCUCCGGUAGGAGGAAGAGAGAAGAUUUAUACGAUAGUGAGGCACAGACACUUGCGUCCGAAUAUUGUUUUAGCCUUUCUAACACUGAACUAGUUUCGUUUGAAGCGCAAAUGACGGUGUUAUUGUAUAUUUAAGAAGACAUGCUUCACGUUAAAUUUGUUUGUGGCCUUAUAAUAAGAGGCGGCCGCCUCGGGGCGGCGCCCCAUGCUGUGAUAGUGCGCUGUGUCCCGGCCAAGGCGCGGGACCGGACGGUUCUACGUGUACAACUGACUAAAUUGUGUGUAAUUAAUCAGUUAGGGCCUAUUCUUAAGUGUAAAAUUAAUGCUAAAAUAAUUAGCUAUACGUAUAUUUGUACACGUAAAACUUUUCGAUAAUAUUCGGCUCCUGUUAGCAAUAUUCUGAAAUUCUAAAGUAUAUUUAUGACCAUGUUACAGAUUGCAGAUUUCUUUUCAAAUAGUCGUUAAUGUAAACGAUCAUAUCAUUGAAAUGAUUUUCCAAUAUAUAGAUUCACAAUAUUUACUAUAGCAAUUAUGUUGAGACUGUAGGAGACAGUGAUAUGGUAGUCGCGAGUCUUGCAAUACGCGGGGAGCGGCGUGUGGGUACGUCGAUACUCGUCGAUAGUCGGUAGUCCGAUGUAGUGCAAUACUGGCCCCGAUAUUGCAACACGUUGCAAUAUUAUCGCAAUCGUUUGUAAAUACUUGUUUGAGAUAUCGUUAUAGGUACCUAUAAUUGUGUCGAAUUUAAUUAAGUUAUGAUAUUUCGGUAUCAGCCAAAAUUAACGAUGGAAACUGACGGUUUAUGGUUACUGGAGUAACAUGGGAAUGCUUGUGUCUUGUUGGAUCAGUGUGUCGCAUAGUUUUAUUUGUGCUGGACACGAAUGAACUCAUUUGCAACGUUAGGCUUGGGUUGCGGACUGUGUGUCGUCAAAAUUAUGGUGUCGUGUGACGUGUCAUUUUGAAGGUUUUCGGAAUGUUCUGCAAAUGCAUAAUAAAAUCGUGCGAUCGCUUAAUAUGGACUAUUUUGUAGUGACCAAUUUUAUUGUUAGUAACUAAAAAUGUAAAAUUGACAAUUUUAAUGUAAUUUUUAUAUACAAUAAAUAGACCAUUUUAUACAAAA